UGAGAUUUGACAACAGGGGAAGACGUGUCAGAGAGCUCGAUUUAUAUUAUCGCCAUCAUUCAUCAUCCAUGCUCGCCCUCUAAACGUCCUUAGCGUUGCUGCAUCGCUACGCGCUAGCCACCAUGAGCGCCGCGGCAGACGUCAUCAUCCUUGAUUCCUCGCCUGAGCAGCCUCCUUCUCACACUCCAGCGCGUCCGGCUUACGAUCCGGAGAAACUGUUUGGAAUCUCCCCGCCAGGAUCAUCGCCGCCGUCUGUGGUAUCACCGUCAGAGUUGUUCCGACCCCCUUCGCGAUCCCGGUUCUUCAGCACCGACAACCAAAGCAAUAAACGGCCAAAUACCCGGGGAAAGAAUGCGCCAAAUGAGAAACCCACAAGCUCAGAAAGUCCUGAUGUGGGAGGAACAGAACCUACGACUGUGAACAAACCGAAACGAGGGCGAGGAAAGGCCGCGAGCAAGGCGCAAGACAGUCCAGCAACAUCAGCCUCGGAUCAGAAUAAGAAAGAAUCCGCGCCAAAAAGGCCCAGGGUUACAAAGACAAAAUCAACGGAAGGACCAAAAAAGCGCGGAAGACCAAGCACGAAGGCUCCUACAGAUAAUAAAACACUGUCGGGGAGGGUUGCGAAGGCCGGAAAUGUUCAACCAAAAGAGUCCGAUGCGAAAACCAAAUGCCCAUCGACUCCUAAAUCUCCAUCGGGAGAGACCGCCGAGAAUCCGAUCGACUGGGAGAAGGAAGGCCUGCAACUGGAAGCAGCGACAAAACGGAGGAUGGAUUGGACUCCGACCAAAGAUACGAUGAAACGGGCCGUCGAGACCGGCAAGGUCGAAGGUGUGGGCGACAGUAUCUCGAACAAGUUCAGUUCUUUGUUAGCGGAUUACAAUUUCAGCGGAGGCUCCUCGAUUCCCCAACUCAACUCUGUGAUUCCUGAGGAUGGAUUCAUCACAAAGCGGAGACGAAUCGAACUUGUUGAUUCUGUGUGCAAUCCUGAAUCGAGACAGAGAAGUCCCGACAACGAGAAGCCGUCUACCGAAGAAAAGCAGUCUUCUAAAGCACCUGGGCAUAAAAAGAGAAAGCAGCCAAAGCCCAAAAAGCUUACCACGCUUACAGCUCGUGUGACGGCCCAAUACAACCAUGAUCUCGCGGACUCUUCAGGCCUUUUGGGGGCCUCCGGGAAGGACUCCACUCCUGUUCAAACUAAAAGCACAAAAUCGAAAGGGAAAGGCAAAUCAAAACCUCAGGAACCAGAAUUCAUCGUUCUUUCCCCUGAAGCAGCCGCCAAGUCCCUUGAUGACCAAGAUCUCGUAUUUGGGACCUGCAGUCAGCUGCAACGAGAAGACUCGCCAACCUUAUUAAGAGAAACGCAAGCAGCAAUUCUUGAAUCAGAGAAGAGUAUAACAGCCGCGUCGACGUCUAGUUUGGCUCCAGACUCACAGUUAGGACCAUCGUCUACCUCCACAGUCUCACGCUUUAAGGCCCCGAGAAAUUUGUGGUCCGUUGCGGCGAGAGAUUCCGAGGGGUCAUUGGCUCAUGUCGAUGUUAUCGAUCUAUCCGACUCGCCUGCUUUCCCUAAAAUAUCGUCUAUCAGUAACAAAAAACCCAAAGCUGUUUCAAAAGAUAAACAGAGCAUAAAUUCUAAUGUUUCGGAUGAUUUCUCGAGCCACCAUGGAGCAUCUGAGCCUAAAAAUACAGCACCUUUGGAUAAAGAGCUGCCACCGGUAGCAAACCAGGAUACAAACACACACAAAAGCAAAACCAAGGAGACAACUCAUCAGCCUGCGGAAUCUCUUCAAAAGCCCCAAUAUACCGGAUUUACAGAUGCCGAAUUAUCCAAGCAGGUGGCAUCCUAUGGGUUCAAAGCGGUCAGAAACCGCAAGAAAAUGAUUGAGUUGCUUGAGAAGUGCUGGGAUUCUCAACACGGUACUUGUCAGAGCUUGAAUGAUGAAACGAAGUGGGAUAAUAGACCUUCUGAGCCACCGACAGCGCCAUCCCAGCCCCAGACAAAGGGUAAAGGUACACGCAAAGCUACCGGUGCCUCUCAAGCGACGACCACAAAAGCAAAGGUCCAAACAAGCAAGUCAUCCAAAUCCACGACGAAAUCGAAAACCGAUGCAUCUACCUCACUCUCCAAGGCCACCAAGAAAGCCACUUCUCGGUCUGAACCAACUCAGCCGACAUCAUCCAUGCGUUCCUUCGCCGACAUAGAGGAAAUCCAAGACUCAGAAGACGAGGCCACUCCCUCUCCCAGCCGACUCCUGAGCCGAUUCUCCCGCCAUAUCACCGAAGACAGACAAACUCUCCCUAUGUCACCGACUCCAUCGGCUCCACCUCGCAACACUACAAAACAUCUCCCUGCAUCACAAGCCCCCAAAUCAAUAGCGCCUCCUGAUCUAGCCAGCCAGAUAACCAAGGCUGUCCGUGCACAAUCUCAAUCCCAUGCCUCUAGUCGUCCUCCCAAUCAUCUCACCUGGCACGAGAAAAUGCUGCUGUAUGAUCCUAUCAUCCUAGAGGACUUCACGGGCUGGCUGAAUACAGAGGGCUUGGCUCUCGUGUCCGAGGACAGAGAAGUCGGGGCUGGGUUUGUGCGGCAGUGGUGCGAAAAUCGGAGUAUAUGUUGCUGCUAUCGAUGAUUUUGGUUCGUCUUUUUUCUCGGUCUUUUAUAUGUAUUGUCUAUUUCUUAUACUCUAUGAUUGGGACGGUGUUGAAUAUUUUUUUGGUUUCGGGUUGGAUGUCUUGUGGAAUGGGAAAUAGGAGUUGGAGC